AUGUUAGUUCACAGUCUAAUUCUAUCAAUCUAUACCUUAUUCAUCUUUUUUUAUUUUUCAGUAUUAAAAAGUUUAGGUCAGCUACAGAAAUCCCCUGAAAAUGCCUUCAUUCCCGUCCACUGUCAACUUAGACCAAGAACAAGAAGCAGUGUCACAUUAUGGCACUUACCUGAAGAAAUUUGCUUACACUUGCUCAAACACUUACAUAUUAAAGACUUGCUCAAUAUGAAACUUGUUCAUUCCUACUUUAAUGAUCUCAUCAGUAAUAAUAAUAGUUUAUGGUCUUGUGUUCAGUUUCAUAAUUGUUGGCCAUCAUUAGGAAAUUUACAUCAUUUUCAACAUGCAGCUGAUUCUGGAAAUGUGGAGGCUUUAGUUAAACUUGGUGUGGCUUAUCUAUAUAAUGAAGGAUUACCAGUUGAAUUUGAUGAAGAAAAUAUAGCAGUAAAUGGUACCAAGGCUGCCAAAUAUUUCUCCCAGAUUGAAAAGAUGAAUAACAAUAAAAUAGAACCAUUUACCUGGUUAUUUAUCCGCCCUCCAUGGUCUAUUUCUGGUGCCUGUUGUAAAGAAAGAGUAUUUAACUUAAUAUUCAAUCUUUGUUUUUUUCAGAAUGCAGAUAAGCAGUUAGGACUAUGUGUAGCUAAAACUUUACAGUUAAUAGAGCAGGAUGAUAAACAGAGUGAUUCUAUACAUUAUUUACAACAGUCAUCUCAACUAGGAUCUGGCAGUGCUGCUUAUUUAUUAUGGCAACACAAAUAUUCUGGCAAGGUAUUUGAUACAGCCAGUGAAUUAAAUAGUAUUCGUGAAUUAAGAGAUAUUAGUUCUAUGGGAUGUCUUGAUGCCACUCUAACCCUAUGUGAUUUCUAUUCCCAUGGUAAAUAUGGUGGAAUUGCUCAAUCUCGUGCUGCCUCCUUUAUGAGAGAAACAUUUCAGUCAUCUACUCCUACAGGAACACAUAAAAUAUUCCGAGGUUCUAACAAUCUCAGUCAAGCUAUGAGAUAUAUUUUAGUUGAUUGGUUGGUAGAAGUAGCUGGUAUGAAGAAUUUCUCCAAUCAAACACUACAUACAGCAGUUAGUGUAGUUGAUAGAUUUCUAUCUGUACAGAAUGUACAUCGUGCUAAAUUACAGUUGUUAGGAGUUGCUGCUAUGGUUGUUUGUUCCAGGUUCUUAGGGAAAGAUGUAAUAACUAUUAGAGAGGCAGCCUGGUUAACAGACAAUACAUAUAAAUAUGAAGAUGUAGUCAGAAUGAUGGGAGAAAUCACAGCCUCUCUUCGUGGAAAUAUCAAACUAGCUACCAGUUUAGAUUAUGUACAAAUUGUUAAUGUAUUAGCCAAUAUGAAUGAGAAAGCCAGUUGUUUAGCUGAAUAUAUCUGUGAACUAUGUGUAUUACAGUCAGAAAUGGGCCAAUAUAGUCCUACAGAAAUAGCCUGCUCUUCUGUAUUAUUAGCUAGAUUACUGUUAAAAACAGAAACAGCAUGGCCAUCUCAUAUAGAAGAAUUCACUGGAUUCCCAUUAGAAGAUCUUAGUCGAUGUGCUUUUCAUAUUCAUGAAAAAUGUUUUUUAGAAGGGUCAGUAAUUGAUCAUAGAGAGAUAACAUUACAAGCUGUGAAACAGAAAUAUAGUGAUGAGAAAUUCCACAAUGUUAGUUCUAUUGAUAUUAUGAACUAUGAGGAACUAUGUAACAUGUUAGGAGUGACAGAUUUCUAUCUCAAUGGUUUUGAUUUAAAAUUACGGUUUCGAAACUAUGAUGAACUUAUAGUAUCACCAUGUCGAGGAAAAUCUAAAGGAAGAAGGUAA